CUCUAUGUUUCUUUUAUUCUUCGUCCUUUUUUUCUCGUAAUCUUUAAAAUAUUUUUUUUAUCAGUAUCCAGCGUCCUCUCUUGUCAAACCUGACAAAUCAACAGGAGGAAGAAUUUAUUAAAAGCCCCACAUAACGCUCUUUAAUCUUUUCUUUUAUAUACUUCAGUUUCAGACAAGAACCCAAACAAAAUAAUAAUUCUUUCCUUUUUGAAAAUGGGGAAUUGUCAAGCGGCGGAGGCAGCGACGGUUUUGAUCCACCACCCGGCGGAGAACAAGGUGGAGAGGAUUUACUGGUCGGUGACUGCAAGUGACGUCAUGAGAUCCAAUCCAGGUCAUUACGUUGCGGUGGUGGUAACGUCACCGACAUUGAGGAACGAGAAAGGGUCGCCGCUGAAGCAGCUGAAGCUCCUUCGUCCUGACGACACUCUAGUCAUCGGGCAUGUUUACCGUCUCGUCAGCUUCGAAGAGGUUUUGAACGAGUUUGCGACGAAGAAGUGUGUAAAGCUUGGGAAGCUAUUGAAAGAAGGAGGUGGGCUUGAGCUGAAGAAUAAGAAGAAGAAACACAGAAAGAAGACAGAUCAGGAUAUUGGUCGGGUCAACCCAAAUUCUGAUUUGGACUCGAAAGAAAAUGGUGCUGAUGAUGCGGUCGACGGAGAAGACGGUGGAAAUGGGUUUAUGAGGCGGAGUCACGGCGGAGGAAGAUGUGGCGGUGGGUGGAGACCAGCUUUGCACAGCAUUCCUGAACUUGUAUCCUCAUGAGAGAAGUCUUGAAAAGCGUCGAUAUUCUUAAAGCACAUCCGACAACAUUGAAAGUUUAUGUAAAGCGAUGUUAUUAUCAUAAAUGCUUUAAAUGAAGAUCCAGUCUCAAGUUAUAUUUUCAAGAACUUUAAUUGUUCCAGCGUUUCAAAUAUUUGAGCAUUUUAUGGUGUA